CUUUGAGGGAGUUCUGAGGGUGUUUCAAUUGUGAUACAUUUUGUUUGUCAAGUAGCCUUGGUAUAGGCUUUAAUCUACACCUAAAAAAUGUCUAAAAGGGGCCAAAUUCAGAAAGAAUCGCAGCAGCAGGAGAUGGUUCAGGUCGAUCAGAUCGACAGGACUGGUCCUCCGUUCUGGGGAAGCCAAUCUUCAUCGCAGCGACAGAGUCCGAAUAGAAUAUUUGACCCAAAUACUGUGGUGGGAGCAUCGUACUCACAUGCAGACUUAUUAAAGACUAUAUCCCCCCAUUCAAGGUCGCACACGCCUUCUAGAUCCCCAAUACCAACUCGAAACCCUCGUAAUGCGAGCGAUUCCAAGUUAGCGAAUUCCGAUAUAACAUCGCCACGCCAGCCGUAUCGCAAUUUACUCCCGCAAGCAGGCGAACUUUGGAACGCUCAUCGAGAGCAUGACGACGACGAUGACGGCGAUAAUGAGGAUGAACUUGCGUAUGAUGACGACGAAGAUGAGUUCGGGCUCCCAAGCGUUACAAGUCUACGAAAGUCAAAAUUCCAAGGUUUGCGCCGGACGCAAGCUACCGAAAGUAGUUUCGAGAGUCAAACCGGCAGUCACGCAAACGGUUCGUCGGUGUUGGUACCCGAUCUCGGCGGUAUGCGCCUCCGAGCGAAUAGUUCAGACAUUGCAGAAGAACGGGGAACUCUGGCAUAUCCAAAUGCAAAAUCCACUGAGGGCAAGAUUCUAAGGCCGCAAUACAAAGAAAUAUUAAAUGAUCCGGCAAAUUCCCUCCAUUUAAUAAAUCAUUCACCGCCACCAUCUGGCGCAACUCCCAAACAGUUGGAAGCGCAUUCAGCUCGAAUAACUCGAAUUAACAAAUUUAAACGCAUCCUUCAAUCCAGCACGGUCUCUUUACCUGAGCUUCGGGAUCUGGCAUGGUCAGGUAUCCCUGAAGAGGUUCGAGCAAUGACUUGGCAGCUUCUCCUGGGCUAUUUACCAACAAAUAGUGAGCGCAGAGUUACAACUUUGGAAAGAAAGCGAAAAGAGUAUUUGGAUGGUGUCCAGCAAGCUUUUGAGCGCGGCCAUUCUACUCGAAACACCUCAUCUUCAAUACCACCUCCUGGAACUGGCCGCGGGUUGGACGAAGCGAUAUGGCAUCAAAUUAGCAUUGACAUACCCCGAACGAAUCCGCACAUUCCUUUAUACGGCUUUGAAGCUACUCAGCGUUCGCUGGAAAGAAUAUUGUAUGUUUGGGCCAUAAGGCAUCCAGCUAGUGGAUAUGUCCAAGGUAUAAAUGACCUUGUUACACCGUUCUGGCAGGUGUUUCUGAGUUCGUAUGUUACGGAUUUUGAUAUCGAGGAGGGUAUGGACCCCGGCCAGUUGCCAAAGCAGGUUCUCAAUGCUGUUGAGGCUGAUUCUUUCUGGUGUUUGACGAAACUUCUGGAUGGCAUACAAGACAAUUAUAUAUAUGCUCAACCAGGCAUUCAUCGGCAGGUAAAUGCGUUGCACGACCUCACCAGGCGCAUUGAUGCCACACUUGCAAAGCACCUGGAGAAAGAGGGCAUUGAGUUUAUGCAAUUCAGCUUUCGGUGGAUGAAUUGCUUACUGAUGAGGGAAAUCAGCAUCAAAAACACCAUUAGAAUGUGGGAUACAUAUAUGGCCGAGGAGCAAGGUUUCUCUCGUUUCCACCUUUAUGUUUGCGCAGCGUUUUUAGUAAAGUGGUCUGACCAGUUGCUCAAAAUGGACUUCCAGGAAAUUAUGAUGUUCUUGCAGGCGUUGCCGACACGCGAUUGGACCGAAAAGGAUAUUGAGCUGCUCUUGAGCGAAGCGUUCAUCUGGCAGAGCCUGUUCCAGAAUUCUAGUGCACACCUUCGAUCGGGAACGGCGAGCACCGCGAGUACGGGAUAA